CUUGUUCGGCUUGACCUACCUACGCUCUCCAUUUGUCUUGUACAAUAUCUAUCGGCGCCUGAAUGUCAGGGUGAUGUCCAGAAGAUGCAGGAAGAGGAGGAACCCCUUGGUGCGACGUUGGCAGCCCAUAGUUUUGAAUCCCAGUCAAGUCUAAGUCCAACUAGACGCCAACAACAACACGGCUAUUACAACCGCUACGAGCAACAACAACAACAACAACGACAGCAGCAACAAUAUCAUGCUCGUCUAAAUUCUAAUCCAGCAGCAUUUGACUCCUCCGACUACGACGAUUACGAUUACGAUACAAACCUUGGUCGGAGCCCUGCGCUGCCUUCGUCGGAAUUCACGUCCUAUGCCUCAAGUAACUUUCAAGCCGCCCAUGCGAACGCGACGAAUGUCGAACCCGUGGCCGUCGUAGAUCCGGUCGAUUUCUAUAGAACUUAUCGUGGCUUCCACACGUCCGUGCCAGGCCCGGCCCACGACGAAUUGAUGGCGUCAACCCUGCCUACCCCAAAGCAAGAUCAGAAUCUUCCGUUGCGAUCAAACGGAAGUAAUGCGGCUCCGAGGCACCCCGCUAAUUCUUCAACAAGGCCCGGUGUGAGGCCUGCUGCGCGCUCUGUAUCGGCUCCCAUUGACGACAAACAACCUAGUAGUACUUCGAGAUCGAGAACUACAGCCAACGCUACACACGGGGGCCGUAGUGGGCAUCAGCCCAGCGUGAAGGAUUUGAAGAGAAGGUUCGACCAAAAUGGGGCGCAGCCAAGCGGUUCUGCUGCCUCCAAGACUGUCCCGCGUGUUCCGAUUAGAGAGACAUCAUCAUCGCCCAGGUAUCGUAAAGUAAGUGGUUCUUCUCCAACAACAAAUGCACAACCAUCAUAUGCGGUGUUGCGGUCUUCCGUGACGCGUGACUUGGAGUCUGGAACAGGAUCGUCGGGGGCGCGAGCAACACAACGAAAUAAAUCGGUUCCCGAAGAUCAGUUGUCUAGCAAUCCACAGUCCUUUGCAAGCCGUAUAGCGAAGCCUCGGGUCUCGACUGGGUCUCAUACUCAGGCGUCAAAAUCUCUGAACAGUCUUUCACCAAUUUCGCCCAGCUUAAUCCCGCAGAUCCCCCAGCCUCACGGCCUUUUAUUUGGGGAGAUAGCACCCGGCGAGCUGGAUACAGGGGCAGCAGGCUAUGGUAUUGAAGGUGUUCGGGCGAGACGAACUUCAGAUUCAAAUAUCCAUAAUCCGAAGGGUCUGCGCCAGAGGAGCUUUUCCCACACUGAUGUUGAACCGCCUUCGCCUAGUGAUUGGUACCGGAGUGCAAAUGGAAGUCCAGCGAUUCAUGACGACACCGAGACGAAAAAUCCAAGGUCCGCUAAGGCCCAUAGCCGGUCGCAAAGCGACGUUGCUGGAACUAGGUCGGGCCCAGCGCCGUCGCAAAAAUCUCAAGCUUCGAACUCAAGACCCCACAAAGAUCGGGGCCCGCCAUCGACGACUUCGAGAUUGCCCGUCUCAGUGCGGAAACUUAACAGCCCUUCAGGUUCUUCCAGUCCAGCAUCGACACGAUCGAAUUCGCCGACUACGCUGAGACGCCCUGCUAUCCAAGGGAAGUCUUCUAAGUCAAUACCGUCCUCACGAGCAAAGACGCCCAGCAGUAGCUCUGGUUCCGCUACAAGACAACCAAACCGUUUAGGUUCCGUGACUCCAAAUAACAGCACAAGACUCAACGCAUAUAUAUCAGCGCCUCCACCGAAAUUAUCUCCACCGCUGCGGAGCUCACGACCGCGUCAACCAGUUUCCUCCGCGACUACUGCCAGCUCAAGAAUGAAAGCCGUCGAAAGAGGCCGAUCACCAUCGCAUCACGACUCUCGAAUAGGCAUAAGGUUUAAUGAGCCGAGCACGCGGGGACGAAAGAUAUCGAACGGCCCGAUCGACUUCGAGUCGCGACGAGCGCAGAUUAAAUUGUCUUAUACAAAAUCUAUUCGAGAGAGUGAGGCUCGGGCUGCAGCUAGAAAGGCUGCCGACGAGAAGAAACGCGAGGAGGAGGCUGAGGCUAAAGCCAAGGCCGAAGUUACAGAAAAGGCUCGGCUAGCUAUUGAAGCAAAACAUUUGGAGGAAAGCAGCCAAGAGGAUCCAAGAAACGAUAAUGUUCAAAGCCCAACAGACAGCGAAAUAUCAGCUUCAGAGCAUGCGGUGUUAACAAUCGCGACAGAUAUCGCACAGCCUAGUUUAGGUAGCGUUACAGAAAUCUCAGGGGCAGGAGUAGUCGAGAAGGAUUCACCAACACUCGGUCUACCUGGAAGUUUUCCGACUGUCGAAAUCAUAGAGGACCAAGAUGAGGAUCAAGAUGAAGCACCUCCUUCAGCUGUCUCAAACACAACCGAAUUUGAUGUCGAGCCACAAAUUGAUCCUCCAGUACAAGAAAUUCCCGUACGGCUAGAUGUUAGUAAAGUGGACAAUGAUAGCGAUUACCCUAAACCAACAUACUCGAAGACGGAGUAUCGAUCUCCGUUCGAAGAUGAAUCAACUAACGAUGACCGCUUCUCGAUCAAUAUCUCCUUGGAUGCAUCGACAGAGCCAAUUCUACAGCCGAGAGAGCCUCCGCCAGCUACAAGCGAUACUCAAAAGAACCACGAUAUUCCAGGUUCAUAUCAGGAUGACGAUGAUGAUGAAUACUCUCCACGGCCACUUCCAUCCGAACCGUACCAUACGAAGGUCACAAUAAUUGGUCGUGAUACAGAUUUCCCGCUCCCGGAGCAUGGCCUCGGCGAGCCGGCAUAUCCUGCCUUCCCCAGUAACCAAGAUUUUAGAGAAAAUAACUCUCAACUCAAACCACCCGAUUUAUCUCGUAAAUUUUCCUAUAACAGCGAGCAAGGCGGCCCAAGUGCUGGUCUGAGUGAGAUUGAAGAGUUCUUCGUCGGCCCGAUCAUGAAGGAUUCUACAGCAACCAUCCCUCAAAGCUCCAGCCCCAAGAUAGUGGAAGAGCAUGAUAUCACCAGCCCGGGACAGCAAGCAACAGAAGACUCACGUUUCUCCAUAGAGUCGCGAAGGACUAUGGGUACGGCUCCAAGUCUCACAGUACCGAGAACAUCGGAUUCGAUGAACAGGGCAAGCCAAACUACGGUCUGGACUGACUACUCGAUCAAUAGCCAGGAUGCAUAUUCUGACUACGAGCAACGGAAUCGAGAUCUUCAAAAUCGGGAUUCAACCUAUCGUGAUGAUGGCUCAAUAUCAGGAUCUAGUUCUUUGUCACACCAAUACCAGUACGGGCAGGAUCCUAGCGAGACACCUUGCAGUUCCGAGAUGCCCUGUAAUGAACCUCAGGAUCCAGAGCCAACGCAUCGUGCCCCACACCAGCUCCCCGAAUUAAACACUGGAGAUGGCUUCAUAGUCGACUAUACUGAGCAUAAAGAGAGCACCAUUCCGGUAAUCCCGGAUCAUGCUCCACCGCCACCUCCUGACGAGGGCUCAUUACCCGAGUUUCCUAGGUCUGAAGCGCAGAGCGAAUAUUUUGAUGACACGAGGCCUAAUAGCUAUGCGCAAGUUGGAAAGGAUGACCGAAGUAUAUUCUCUAUGGAUCCUUCAAGAAGGGAAAGCGAAGAUUACGAUCCAUCGGAAUCGGGUUCACGUAUGCUUUAUAAAGGCUCCCUUGAAAUUACCGAGGGAUUUCCAACUCGCACGGUUUUGCUAGAUAGCCAGCAAACCCUAGCUGAAAGCAUUAAUCAGGGUGGAGAUGGUGUAGGACUUUCCGAGCAAGAGAGGAAACGAUUAUUCACCCGCCUUCAGACUAUCAAAGAGCUGAUUGAUACGGAAGCAUUUUUUACCAGGGACAUGAAUAUUGUUGAGGAAAUUUACAAAGGGACGGCCGAAGCUUGCCCUAGACUUGAUGAUCAAACGAUUAAAUUGAUUUUUCGCAACACCGACGAGAUAAUCAAAUUCCAUUCUGAUUUCUUAGCGGAGCUUAAGGCGGGGGUCUCCAGCAUCUACACACCCAAAGGCCAUCGGACCCAAUUGCCAAAGGAAUCCUCUACCCUUCCUGAUGGUACAUCUCUUUCAGUAACAACAACGACUGCUACAGGCCACUUAAACGAUGACAGAGACCGGCAAACAUCAAUUGGACCAAUCUUCAUCCGGAACAUGGAGAAGAUGAAAGAAGUGCAUGAGACUUUCCUCAAGAAUAGUGAUCAUGCCGCGAAACGACUCAUCCAGAUCCAGGAGGACCCAACUGUGAAAGUGUGGUUGGACGAAUGCAAUGCAGUUGCGAGAGAUUUGACUAAGGCGUGGAAUCUAGACUCCCUCCUUAUCAAGCCAAUGCAAAGGAUCACGAAAUAUCCAAAUCUUCUUAUUCAGAUUCUCCACGAGACGCCAGCAGACCACCCGGACCGCCCAUUACUUGAAUCUGCUAAAGUCAAUCUAUAUAAUGCUAUAGAAGAAAUCAAUAAAACGAAGAAGAAUUUCGAAUUGGUCGGGCAAAUAGUUGGUAGGAAACGCAAAGACUCCGAUGUCAGAGCCGGUCUAGCUAGAGCCUUUGGCAAGAGGGUCGACAAGCUGCAAACUACACACAAACCGGCGGAAGACCCAGAAUAUCUUAAGCUUCAUGAGAGAUUCGGCGACGACUACCUUCGACUGCAAGUUGUUCUAAGGGAUGUUGAGUUCUAUACAAGGCAGGUCACCGAAUAUGUCCACGAGUUCCUACAGUACUUGUCUUCGAUGGAGCUUGUUAUGCGGCUUCAACCGUCGCCUCACCCCGAGAUCGAAAGUAAAUGGGUCCGCUUCAAUGUGUCUAUGAGAGACAUCGAGAAAGUCGCUCUGGAGGAUCAUCUCUCCAAAGUGAGGAAGCAAGUCAUUGAACCUUUCGAGCUUGUAAUCAAGUCGUACGGCAACCCGUCACUCGCUAUGAAAAAGCGGGGCAAGCGUCGUAUGGACUAUGAGAAGUCGGUCCAACUGAAGAAGAAUGGGAAGAAAGUUGAUAAGCAGCUCUCUGAAUGCGCCGAGCAGUACGAGGCCUUGAAUGAAGCGUUAAAAAAAGAAUUGCCUAUGCUGUCUACGUUGACAGAAAAGGUCGGUAAGAUUUGUCUAGCCAAUUUCGUCAACAUACAGACUCAAUGGUUUGCCAUCUGGAAGGAAAAGGUUAAGGUGGUACUCGAGGCCCCCGAAGUGCCAGAAAUUGUCGACAUCGUCUCUACAUUCCAGCGCGAUUAUAAAUUCCAAGAAGAGCAAAUUAACACAAUUGGUAUCGUAAAUCCAGCUUCUAAAGGCCGCCCCUCCCAGUCGAUCAGCACCGAUGAAUCAUUUGCACGACUUCGCCUAAGGCCUGCUGAUCUUUCACCUCGCGGCCGAGGACUGUCUGUGAACAGCGGUGAUACAGCUCCGACUUUGCCUACCCCUGACUUCAUGAAACGUCAUAGUGGCCAAUUCACCAUUUCGCCAACUGCUGCUUCGAUCCCAAGCCCUCAUCAGUACUAUUACCGCGACUAUUACGGGGGGGUUAAUACACAAGGACGUCCAGGGUCUGGCUCGAUCCAUACCCCCGAUUCGUCUGUAAUGUCUCGUCCUAUAGGACCAGUACCCGUGCGGCCUGGGACCGGUCAGAGCUAUGACUCGGCCAGUGCACCAAGACAAAGUAUGGAGUCGAGUGCACAUACUCGAGGUUACUCUAGUUCGAUGCAUCCGUCGCCGCAUCAGUCGGCCGAGAACCAACGUUAUUCAGGCCUCUUCCAGUCUGCACUUCCCCCGUCCGACAGCCAAGAACGCCUUCCACGACCAUCUCAAGCGUCAUCCCGAGCUUCUUCUCGGGAGCGGCAACCCAUUAACGGAUACAAGGUUCUAUGGCUAGCGGCUUCUCUAUUUGAAUUUAAUAUCGAAACCACCAAACACGAAGCUGGGUACCCCUAUUUGACGUACCAGGCAGGAGAGAUAUUCGACGUCAUAGCCGAGAAAGGCGAGUUGUGGCUUGCUAAAAACCAGGACGACCCCAACAACCUAGUUGGCUGGCUAUGGUCCAAACAUUUUGCUAAGCUGGCAGAUGAUUAGGCCUCCUAACCUCUUUAUAUCCGAAUAUCCCGGCGCUUUGGUUGAACCUCGGUCAUACUACUUUUGGCAACAUCACAAAUGCGAAAUUCUUUAUUAUUUAGGCCGACCCGAAUCUUGUUAGAAACGGCGCCAUACAAGCCUU